UUCUCAAGCAGAAGAUUCCUUGAUUUCAUGCGAUAGUAAACCCAAUCGCAGCUCAUAAAACUAUCCCGAAAGUUUCCCCUUUCCUCAUAAAAUGACAGGAAUCACACCAUGGAAUGACUAACUAGCAGAAGAACAGAGGGGAAACGUAAACAACAAAAGGGGAAAAGAGACGAUGGUGGCAACCGAAAACAGGAAAUACUGAACAGAAUCGGUUGAGCCUUAUAAUCCAGAUAAACCCAUGAUAACCGACAUUGUGAAUUAUGGGAGUCAAGGCAAGAAGUAACUGUUAUAAAACAAGAAUACGAAGAAAUGCUUGCGCAAUGGGGAAAUCUCGUAGAAGAAUGUGGUCGGCUAAUGUCAGAGAAUCAUGAAUCAAAAAGAAAGGUACAAGAAUACGAAUUAGCAACUGUACAGAGAAAGUUACAAAAUAUCUUGCCGAGAAAAGGAUACUGAUAGGAAAGAAAGAGCAACCCGAAUAAACAAACAACUGUGGGGCAAAGUACGUCAGCACGAAUUGAAAAGAAAUAGGAUAAGCAGGAGAAUGCAAUGCCAGCAUAAACUGUGGGAGAGAAUGAAUUAAUGUCAGAUCAACACCCAAGUACCGUCGAAAAAGGACAGGGCGUCAGAGCCGAAGUUCAGUCAUUUCAAACACAAGGAAAUGAAGGGGCUUCACGACAAUGCUAAGGCAAAUGAAUGUUGUGCUAUCGAAAAAAUUCGCGAGAAUGAAAAGGAACCACUAUCACAAAUCCCUAUUGUGAAAAUUCAAUCCAGAAGGAAGACCAUGUAGCAUGACUAAGGGUGCACAUGGUACGGUUCGGUUCGAUUCUUGCUGAGAUCGAGUACCUGUACCUCCCUAGUCUCGGUUCUCAAUUUUUGGACCGGUACUUGUACCUCUGUCCUCGGUUUCGGUACCAUUCGGGACAAGUACGGUAUCAGGGACGGUUCCGAUAUCAGUCGGCACUUCUCAAGAACAUGAGAUGGCUAAUGUUGCAAAACAAGAAGAAAAUAGAGUAAAUGAAAUGAUUCCAAGGCAAUUCAUGGAUCUAGGUCUUGCAACAACAAACAUCAAAGUGGAUCAACUUUCACAUUCAUCUUCUGAAGGAAAAAGUCGCGAUCGAUCACGAACACCAAUAAACACGAGCCUAGAGGAGUCGUCAUUUUGAAAAGAAAGAAAUGGUACUGUUUGAUCAUCAAGAAAACAGCGAACUUGGUAAAAGUUGGGAUGACGAGGAAAGCCACGAAGACCAACCAUCUCAAGGUUGGGUUCCUAAUAAAAUCCCUAAACUGAAUGUCGAGUCGCAACAACAGCAGCAACCUAUGGAAGCCACUAUGAGGAAACCUCGAGUUUCAGUUCGAGAUCGUUCUGAAGCACCUAUGGUAGUCGUACAAACAGGACGGUACGGUACGAGACAUGAAUAAGGCCGUGUACCUGUAUCCUUCGAGGCCGGUUUUCAGAUUUUGGACCGAUACCUGUAUCCUUUUUCUCGAUUCGGUCCAAAAACAAGUACGGUUUCACCGGUUUCGAUUCGGUUCCUGUGCACCCUUAAGCAUGACCAUUUCAAUACAAGAGAAAAUGGGUCGAAAAUGCAGUGACCGGAAUCAAAUCAACACUAUGCACCUGUUAAAGAAAUAUUAACGUGAAGCAAGUUCUUUUUAUAAGCAAACAAGCCAAUGGCAAAAACAAAGUCCAUGCGACUAUCUCGUAAGACCUCAAUAGGGGAAGUAACUAACUUAUUAAAAACCUCUAAUGAGGGAGGCUGGGUAUCCAAUUUUGGCGUGUCAACAUAGUUAGCUUGAUCGUGCGACGGCAUUUUGCACGAUCUUGCAAUAGGCGACCAUAAUCCCUACAACUUGUCAUAGUGGGGAACCCUUGAGCAGCUACCAUAUUGGUGGAAACAAAAGUACAUCCAUGGGAGACCACUGAGAAGGAACCACUCAGCGAAUAAGUUUUUCGAUAUGGGGUGUAGAAGGAGUUCCUGGCUUGGAUACACCCGGUCCCAAAGGAACCCCAACCAAGGUUAACUGUGUUAUGAUCCGAUAUGAGAGAGAUUUCCUAGAGAGCUCUUCGAAUUAUACGUUUAGUUCUCCUUCUGAGACUGAUUUUGCUUAAAAUAAAAGAAAGACACAAAUUUCGCUGUUUGUUGUUAUGGAGGCUGGAGAUUCGAAAAGUCGCCGAAAAAUUAGCCCACGGCUGCUGGAUUUGAAUUCAGAAUGGGCGGUAGAAGAAGAAAGAAGAUUGUUUGGUGGUAUAGAGGAAAGAAAACUGGAACUAAAACUCGGACCACCUAAUGAAGAAGAGAAAGGGUUUUCUAAUGGAAGCAAUAGAAAGAAUAUAGUUAAAUCUCCUUCUUCUAAUACCCUUAAUAGUACUGUAAACAAAACACCUAUUUCGCUUCUAUUUACUUCAACUUUGACUAGCACUACUACUACGAAUAAUACUUUCCACUACAACUAUAAAAAGAAGCAAAAAAUUUCUCAAUACCGUGGUGUUACUAGAGAUGUGCGGAAAGGAAUACAUAAAGCGCAAAUCUGGGAUGGAAGUUGUAGAAAAGAAGGUAUAAGAAAAGGAAAACAAGUUUAUCUUGGUAAAUAUGAUGAGGAAGAUGCAGCAGCCAAGGCUUAUGAUUUAGCUGCAUUGAAGUAUUUUGGCCCUACUGCUCGUAUAAAUUUCCCUUUAGCUAAUUAUGAGACAGAAAUUAAAGAAAUGGAGUGUUGAAAAUUUUCGGUUAAACAAGAGGAUGAAAACAGAAACAGAAAAAUGGUGUACCCCUGACUUCAAGGCUCUUUCGAUCUUUUAGAUAAUAAUUCGACCUUUCCCAAUAAAUUUGGCGAGUACAA